GGGAAUGAUCCAAGAUGGUCAAAAUAAACCAGCAAGUGUACGGAGGUUCACUUGAUAUCUUCCAUGAGGUGGGUGGGGUUUAUUUGUUGAUGGCUGAGUGACUAUUUGUGUGGUACCAUUUUUUGGACCGUUUCAAGCUUAUUGGUUUUGUAGUAUUCAUGUAUGUAUUUAGUAUUAAAAUAUCACAUCCUAUUUUCAUUGGCCUCUCUUUCAUUCGUUAAUCCAUUCAGAUAAGGAGGCCGCUUUUAGUCACACUAUAAAUGCGAAUUGCUUAAAUUUUUUUUUUUAAUUUAACAAUUACGUCACAAUUUUUAAAUAUUUAUUUUAUAAAAAAAGAAAGGGUUCCUGAAUGGCAGAAACGGACCAAGAAGGCGCGGCCCGGACGGGGUUACUUUGGGCUGGGCAUUGGGCCAAAUUGAAGAUAAAAUGUAGCCCAAAUGAAUCCGACCGAGUCCAAACCCGAACCCAUUUAUAUGCCAUAUUCCCUUUUCUAUUGUUGGUACAGCCCAAAGCACACUGUGAAGUGGCCAACCCUCGCCAUCGCAAAUGGAGUCGCUAGCUUCUUCUUCUACAGUUCAACUGCAGUCGCCGCCGUCUGGCCUCUCAAUAAACACCACUCCCAAACCUAGAAACUCAGUCACUUUCAAACAUAGAAGCAAGCAGGUGUGGUGCACCUCCUCUUCAACCAUGAAGACAUCGGCCACUGAUCCUUCUACGAAGAAGGCCAAGGAGGCAAAGCUUUGGGGCGGACGCUUCGAAGAGGGCGUCACGGACGCGGUCGAGCGCUUCACCGAGUCCAUUUCUUUCGACAAGGCUCUCUACAAACAAGAUAUUAUGGGGAGUAGGGCUCAUGCCUCAAUGCUUGCUCACCAGGGAUUGAUCAGUGUUAGUGAUAGGGAUAGUAUUUUGCAAGGUCUUGAUAACAUAGAGAGGCGCAUUGAAGAUGGUGAGUUUGUGUGGAGGACUGACAGGGAGGAUGUGCACAUGAACAUUGAAGCAGCACUUACUGAUUUGAUUGGUGAGCCUGCGAAGAAGCUCCACACAGCUAGGAGUCGUAAUGAUCAAGUCUUGACUGAUUUUCGCCUGUGGUGUCGUGAUGCUAUUGAUAACAUUGUUGCUCGCAUCGAACAUCUUCAGGUUGCAUUAGUUACCUUGGCUAUGAAGAAUGAGAACUUGAUUGUUCCUGGUUAUACACACCUACAAAGGGCACAACCAAUUUUGCUGCAGCAUCUUCUCUUAGCGUAUGUUGAGCAGCUUGAUCGUGAUGCUGGUCGUCUACUGGAUUGCAGACAGAGGCUGAAUUUCUGCCCCCUAGGUGCAUGUGCAUUGGCUGGCACUGGCCUUCCCAUUGAUAGGUUUAUGACUUCGCAUGAUUUAGGAUUCAAUGCUCCCAUGAGAAACAGCAUUGAUGCAGUUUCAGACCGAGAUUUUGUGUUGGAGUUUCUUUCUGCUAAUUCCAUCACAGCCAUUCAUCUUUCUCGACUUGGUGAAGAAUGGGUAUUGUGGGCUUCAGAGGAAUUUGGAUUUCUCACCCCAAGUGACUCUGUUUCAACCGGAAGUAGCAUAAUGCCUCAGAAGAAAAACCCAGAUCCCAUGGAACUGGUUCGUGGAAAAUCUGCUAGAGUUGUAGGAGAUCUGGUUACUCUUCUCGUAUUGUGCAAGGGCCUUCCACAUGCCUAUAAUCGUGAUUUGCAGGAAGAUAAAGAACCUACAUUUGACAGCACUAAGACAAUAAUAGGGAUGCUUGAAGUGUGUGCUGAGUUUGCACAGAACAUUACCUUUAAUCGUGAGAAAAUAAAAAAAGCAUUACCUGCUGGUCAUCUUGAUGCCACAACACUUGCAGACUAUCUCGUGAAGAAGGGAAUACCCUUCAGAACUUCUCAUGACAUAGUUGGAAAGUCUGUUGCCUUGUGUGUCUCAAAAAAUUGCCAACUCCAGGACCUGAGUCUUGAUGAAUUGAGAAGCGUAAAUCCAGUGUUUGACGAGGAUGUAUAUGAGUUCCUUGGAGUAGAAAAUGCAGUAAAGAAAUUCUGCUCGUAUGGUUCCACAGGUUCAGAAUGUGUUGCAGAACAACUUGACUUCUGGGUUACUAAGCUUCAAAUCAACACAGCUGGACAUAAAUAGUGAAUGGUGCCAGAGAUCAGUACGUUGAAGGGGAAUGCUUGUUACAUUUGAGAAACCUUCACAAUAACUUUUAAUGGGCACAGCGGAGGGCACCAAAGAACUUGGCAGUGAUGUUGUAAUGGUCAGGAAACUGAAAUAUUGCUAUUACAAGGAAAGAACUGCUGUUGGUGCUGAUCAAAAAACAAACAAUGAAGAACUGUUGGUACUUGGGCUAUGUAUACAUUUUAUGAAAUUAAAGCUUAUUUUAACCUGAGAGUUCUCAAAACAACCUCAGCUGGCAUAACAUUUUGUGACAUUUCCAUUUGUAGUUUGCUUCUGUUUAAUUGGGUUUGUAGUAUUUGUGUUGA